UCGACGAGGAAGCUGCUGUUUUGUAGGCAACAUGGGGCUGCUGACCAUCCUGAAGAAAAUGAAACAGAAGGAGCGGGAAGUCCGGCUUCUCAUGCUAGGUUUGGAUAAUGCGGGUAAGACCACCAUCCUAAAGAAGUUUAACGGUGAAGAUAUAGACACCAUCUCACCAACAUUAGGAUUCAACAUCAAGACUUUGGAACAUCGAGGUUUCAAGUUGAACAUGUGGGAUGUGGGAGGCCAGAAGUCCUUGCGCUCUUACUGGAGGAAUUACUUUGAAAGCACUGAUGGUUUGAUCUGGGUGGUAGACAGUGCUGACCGUGCACGACUGCAGGAUUGUGGGCAAGAAUUAUCAGGGCUACUGCUGGAAGAGCGAUUAGCAGGAGCAACAUUAUUGGUGUUUGCCAAUAAACAGGAUUUGCCUGGCGCUCUUUCCAAAGAUGCCAUCCGAGAGGCAUUGGAGUUGGACAACAUUAAGUCUCAUCACUGGUGUAUUCAAGACUGCAGUGCAGUAACUGGGGAAAACCUUCUUACUGGUAUAGAUUGGUUAUUGGAUGACGUUUCCAGUCGCAUAUUUACAGCGGACUGAAUGAUCCUGGAAUUAGAUGGAGACAAGUGGAAUGAAAAAACACUUAUUUAUUUUUCUUUAGACAGUUAAAAAGCCUAAGUGAGCGGUAUAUGGCAAAAUUAAUAAAGAGCUGAGCACUUACAAGACUAGCACAGAUGGGAUCUGAUAUAAUCAAGAAUAUACAGAAAGAGGCUGCAUGCUCCUACUGUAUGUAGAACAGGGUUGAGAAUUUGGAUUUGUUUAACAUAGAAGGGAGAUUAGAUAUCUCUUACCCUUCUAAAAUCUAACUAAAAUAAGUCAAUAAUAUAGUCCUAAACAUUUCCAUUCAUCGAUGUUAACUUCAUUUUAAAUAUCGCUUGUCUUUAAAGUUGGAAUAAGAACAUUAGCUGCUUACAUAUUAAUUAAAUCUAUUCAGCAACAUAAUGCAUGGAUGCACAUUUCCUCCCCUCCCCCCUUUCCCCCCCUC